AUGAGUAAUCUAAGUAUGAUUUCUUUUCUCAAUCCCUCUUCGUGGGUUUUAGUACCGUCUGGUGAAAUUAGUAAGCCGAAAGUCUCCGAAACAAUUAAAUUAUUUGAACGAAACAUCGCGGCGGAGGAAACAUCUGGGACAAAGCCUGUCGCAAUUUCAUCUCGAGAAGAAAAUCCUACCUGCUUCAAUGAGCGUAGACCUGCAGGUGCUGUCGCCAUGUAUACCAAUCAGGGCCCCCAGUUGCUACGUGAAAUGAAAGAUCGAUUAAGAACGAAGUACGGAAUCUCCUACAUUGAACCAAAGCCUAGUAUUCAGGAACCGCUGUCCCCAUCUCUCCUCCAGGACUCCUCUAUUCUUUCAAGAUUAGAUUUGAGUCCCGAAGAAGUACAAAAUUUAGCACCUCUUCCAACGAAUUUAGACAGUGACUUCAGCCACAUACUGCCAAGUGUAUUAAAGGGGAGACCCAGACGUGCUGGCAGACCACCUACUAUACGAAAUAAUCUAACAUAUUCUGAAAGAUCAAGCAAUACAACAGACGUAUGA